AUGUCCUCCCCUCUGCGUCCUCAGUUUUUCUGCGCCAGACCUAAUGGUACUCUUGUUCCUCUCAUUGCUGUUGACGAGCUGCCUAUCCACGUCAAUAUUCGUUCGGCCCCACGCGUUCUUUCUCCAGGUGAUACCCAGGGCAUGACCAGCCUUGGUACCGUGGGCCCUCGUUGCUCGUUCUAUGUCGUGGAGAGUACUCUUCCUUUCUCUCGCUUCCAGUUUCCAGUCGAUAUCCCCAACGUCCCCGGCCCGCGUGCUAGGGAGUAUGGCAACCAAGGUCAAGGUCCCGCGCCCAGAUACAUGCCGGAUGAAAACGGUGUUGCUCCCCAGCAGCGUCUGGCUGUUCAGCCUAUGUAUCCGCAGGCCAAUGGUCAGAACUGGGUGAUGCCUACUCCACCUCCUAAUCAUGGCUGGAUUGUGCCUGCUAAUGUAGGUACUGCUCCUAAUGCUGGUGCUGUUGCGGGUCACACUGUGGGAAACGGUGGUGGGACCCCCAGACAGGGCAGUCAUCAGAAAAAGGAAUACUGCUCUUACUGGAUCCGUCACGGCGAGUGCGACUAUCAGCAGCAAGGUAUAGUCCAAUCCAUGACCACAGGCAAUCGACAAGUGAGGCCUAACAAUCAUGCAGGCUGUCUGUUUAAGCAUGAGAUGCCCACCGAUCGCUCCAUGCUCGAGAAGCUUGGUCUGCGCGAUAUUCCCCGUUGGUACCGUGACAAGUACCACGUCCCGAGCCUUUUGUCAGGCGGAGGCAACCAGACCCGUGAGUCGCGUGCUCUGGCCGGCUUGCUAGAUGAUGCUGCUUCCGACCGCGGUGCUGCGAGGGGCUCUCGUCUGGCAAUCGAUGCAACUGCUGAGCAUUCCGAUACUGAAAGAGGCACUAAGGGCCCGGGGGCUGUCUCCAUGCACCAGCCGACUCCUCUUGCGCUUCCAGGCCGCCCCAACUUCAGCAAUGUCAGCUCGCCUAGAGGUUCUGCUCGCCAUCACGGUUCCAAGCAGGCACAGGGUGCGCAGCUUCAGACUUCGAGCUCACACGCGCGCAACAAGGGUGGCCCAGUUCAUGCUUCCACUCCCCAGAAUCGUGGUACCAGUGUGUACAAUAAGAAGAUCGACCUGCUCUCCUUCGAUCCCCUUCCUGACUACACAUCCAGCGAUCUGAGCCGUUCUGGCCAACAGAUUAUCUCCGAUCCCAAAGAGCGUGCCAAGCGUGACGAGUUCUUGCGUGGUCUGCAUGACAUGUUUGCAGCUACCACUGUGCCUGGAAAGUCCAACACGGUGCCCGCCGAUACGGACGUCUUCGCCAGUCAGCCUCGCACUAAACGCGUGCAACCCAAGUCUCGUCGCCUGUUCCAGGACCGUCCUGCUGCUCCUAAUCCUGCUCCUAAUGGUGGUACGGAGACCAAUGCUUUGGAUGCCAACCAGAUUCGCCAGCAGAGUGUCCGUAUCUAUAACCUUGCUGCUGAGGCCGUCAAGGACCUCGACGAUGACGAUGACGAUGACUUUUUUGUGGCCCCCAAGACCGGCGUCGGCAUCGUGCAGGGAACUCCCAGGUCCUCCGAGUCACCCCGCCACCGCCGCUCAUCCUCGACCGAGUCUUGCCUCUCGUGCUCUGAGCCCAGCCCUACUGCCUACCUCAACAGCCGCGCCAGAAACGACGACGACGAUGGACGUCUCAAGCCGCUCCUUCCACCUAUCGGCGUGUUCACUCAUAAGAACCCAACGGUCCUCAAAGGUCCCUCCGUCUCCUCUGCCGACGACAUUUUCGGCAGGGGCGAAGGACGUGCCAAGUAA